GGUCGUCAAUCCCUCCGUGUUUGGCUGGUCGUCACUUUUCGUCGGCCUGGCCAAGAGAGAUGAAGUAUUCGAAGCAGCUAAUCCUUAGAAUGUGAAGCAAGCAGUAGAGUCGGAGGCUUCGCUGUCGCGUAGUGGCCAGGGUGUGUUCCUUCGUUUAGCGUGCUUGGUCGAGUGGGUCGUCCGUCAGCGAAGCGCUUCAUCUAUCGCAUCGCAUCAACCCAGAUAACAAGGAACGCAUGUGGGUUCGUUACUCGUUGUGUUUUCUCGAAACAAAAUCAAGGCGAGUUGCGGUCGAACGCCUAUGGAAGUGUGUCUCAUCCGCACAUUAACAAACUGGCAUAGUGCAGGCAGCUAUGGGUGCUCUACGCACAGUUUCAUGUUCGAGAGAACAGCGGCUGCUUUCCUGGGUGGCAACACAGCGUAGCGGAAGCUAAACCAAGCGCCGAGGCACAUGCUGUCCGCGGAAUGAGAUAAAGGCAAUCAGGGCGAAAAAGGAAGUUGAGUGCCAGAGACAAGUUUGGGAAAGAGAUAGCAGACUUGCGUCGGCACGAGAAGAAGCAUCUGGCAGAAGGCAACAUGCUCUUGAGGUUGGUCCCGCUACUCUUGAGUGUUGCGUGCUGUCAAGGCCAAAUUUUUUCAUCGAACGCAUUUGGUGACUCAAGCCAGGCAAGAAAUUUCACCGGAUACAAUGGGCAAUGCCAACUGGCAAGCAUAGCGGAUCGCUUCGACUGCUAUCCAGAGCCUGGAUCUUCACAGAAGGGUUGUGAGGCCCGAGGUUGCUGCUGGGGCGCGCUAGGUGACGCCUCCCCAGAUGGACAACCUAACAUUCCCUACUGCUACUACCCCGCCGACUAUCAGGGAUACGUGCUCGAUGGCUUAGACCACUUUUCGGAUGGCAUCUCCGCGAAGCUCCGCAGGAAAAUUCCUUCGGGCAUCGACAAGGACGUGCAGUCUGUGGCAGUGAAUAUCGUCUUCUACGAGAACGACACAGCCAGGAUCACGAUUCUGGAUGCUACUCAGACACGAUUCACGCCACCUGUGCCAAAGAUUCCAGCUCGGACAUACACUGGUAGCCGGCUUUACGACGUGAGCAUCUCGAAAGAUGGCCAACUAAGAGUCUACCGCCUCGAUUGUCAGUCAACGACUAUUUUCCACACAAACCUGUCACGCCUCGUGUUCACUGACCAGUUCCUUCAGCUUUCCACACUUUUGCCCUCGGACUACGUUUACGGCCUCGGUGAACAAUGGACGACCCUUCGCCGAAACGUCAGCUGGACGAGUCGUUUCUUCUUCAACCGCGACAGACCUCCUAAGCAUGGCAAGAACAUCUACGGCACGCACCCUUUCUUGCUCGGAGUAGACAACAAUCGGCAGGGAUACGGAGUGUUCCUGCAUAACAGCAAUGCCUUGGAGGUGGUGCUGCAGCCCACGCCUGCGGUCACGUUCCGAGCCCUGGGCGGCGUGCUUGACUUGUUCGUGUUCGCUGGCCCGACGGCGGCCAACGUGGUCAGCCAGUUGCAGCACGUCGUGGGCAUGCCCGCAAUGCCUCCCUACUGGGGACUGGGCUUCCACCUGUGCCGCUUCGGCUACAACACGCUCAACCGGACUAGGUACAUCAUGGAGAUGAACAUCAAGGCCGGAAUUCCACUGGACACCCAAUGGAACGACAUUGACUACAUGAGAAGUCGGAAUGACUUCACUUACGACAAGGACAGGUUCGAAGGCCUUCCGGAAUUCGUCAGUGAGCUCCACGCUUCUGGCCGCAACUACGUCAUCAUCGUGGAUCCCGCAGUCAGUGGUUCUGAAGCACCCGGAAGCUACCCUCCUUACGAUGACGGAGUUGCCAUGGAUAUCUUCGUCAAAAAUAUCACGGGAGGCAUUGUUUACGGAAAGGUUUGGAAUGACAAGAGCAGCGUGUUCCCUGACUUCAGCCACCCCAAUGCGACGGCCUACUGGAUGAAGCAGUUCACCAGGUUUCACGAUGAGGUUCCUUUCGAUGGCGCCUGGAUUGACAUGAAUGAGCCAUCCAAUUUCUACGACGGCCACAAGGACGGCUGCCCUCCAAACCAGAAAGAAGAUCAACCGCCGUACGUUCCAGGCGGAGAGAAGCUGUGCACAAAGACCCUUUGCAUGAGCGACCGUCACUACAUCUCGUCUCACUACAAUGUCCAUAAUAUCUACUCCCAGCUGGAGGCCCGAGCAACGUACAAAGCCCUCGUUCAGAUCCGCCAGAAACGACCCUUCAUCAUUUCCCGGGCGACAUCACCAGGACAAUCUGUGUGGUCAGGCCACUGGUCUGGAGACAUCAGCUCUUCGUGGGAGGAUAUGAAACUCAGCAUUCCCAAUAUACUGAGCUUCGGUAUGUAUGGAAUGCCAUUGAUGGGGGCAGACAUAUGCGGCUUCAACAUGAAUACGACUGUCGAGCUGUGCGCCCGCUGGCACGCCCUGGGAGCCUUUUAUCCAUUUUCCAGGAAUCACAACACGGACGAUGGAAUCGACCAAGACCCUUUCAGCCUCGGCGAAACCGUGAUCAAAGCUGCAUCAGAGAGUUUGAGGCUGCGGUAUUUCUUGAUUCCUUACCUGUAUACGCUGUUCUACAGGAGCCAUGUCUACGGGGAGACGGUGGCCCGACCUCUCUUCUUUGAAUUCCCGGACGAUCCCAACACUUACGACAUCGACGAACAGUUCAUGUGGGGAUCGGCCUUUCUGUUCAGUCCGGCACUGUACCAGGGACAAACCGAAGUCAAGGCCUAUGUGCCCGCCGGUCUUUGGUACGACCUGCACGACGGAAUCGCCGUGAAGGUCGAGAGCGGCACCCACAUUACUUUCCCUGCCGCUCUGAGCGACCCGAUGAACAUCCUCGUUCGCGGGGGACACGUCUUCGCAGUGGCGGCGAACGCCACGACUACAAAGGAUCAGCGGAAGAUGCCUAUGGCCUUGUAUGUGGCUCUUGGCGAGGAUGGUACUGCAAAAGGAGAACUCUUCUGGGAUGACGGGGACUCUCUAGAUACUAUCGAAAAAGGAAAAUACAACCUGUUCACGUUUUCUACAAACUGGGCACAAAAGGUGGUGAUUUCUGUAUCACCCGUGAGGAGCGGCUUCCACGAGAAGCCUGUAGUGGACAUGGUUGCUGUAACCGGCGUUUCGCAGGAGCCCAACAACGUCACCAUCGGAACCAGAAGCCUGCAGUUCAUUUACAAUAGAGCCGAGCUACUCUUCAUACUUAACGUCGACCAGCGCUUGGACCAAACCUUCGAGAUAAACUGGUCGUAACGAUACGUAACUCCACGAGCUGCAAUUUCAAUCCAUGUUCGACGGAUCUGUCAAACCUUGUAAAACCACACAUAUAAACCGCACAAAUAAAAUUCACAAGAGCGUCA